AUGACCAAUAUUCCGCAGUCGCCCCCGGGCUCCGGGCCCGUGGAUCUCGCGAUGCCCAGAGCGAGUCGUCGGCGCGAUUCCGUGCGAAGCAGUGUGAGCGUGGUGUCGGAGGUUGAAAUGGCCCGGAAUGAGGUGUUUGACGGCCCCAUUUCAGAGAGCAUCCCGUCGAGUGUCGUCUCAUUUGCUCAUCGCCGCGCCCGAAAAGACUCGACCGUCAGCUUCACUUACUUUCAGGAUGAGGAGGACUUUGCCGAAUGGCCGCCUGAAGAUGCGGUGGACAUGGCCAGUGAGGCCGAGGAUAUAUCCGUGGACGGGUUUGGUGACGCAGACCUGGAGUCGGCCCGGUCCUCGUUUGUGUCCAAGCGGUUAUCGCAGUCCCGAGACUCUGUUGAGCACCCUCUUCUUUCGCGUCAUCUCUCCGCCAGCUCCUAUGGCCGCGAUCGAAGGACCGGCGCAAGAUUGAACCAGAAAAUCUACAUCGCGUCGGAGGACCUGACCGCUGUUUUUGCUGGUUUCUCCACUAGCAUCACCGGCUUUGCUGUUUAUGUUGCCCUGUGUAUCUUGACUGGAGGGUUUGCCUACCUUCUGUUCCAUUGGUUACCGCGAUGGCGCGUUCGGUUGAUUGGUAAGGCAAUGCCUCUGGGAAAAUGCCAGUGGAUCGCAAUUGAGGUGACUAUCUCCCCAUCCCCAGGCGACAAUUCUCCAUCUAACUGGUUUCAGGACCAAUGGAAUCAGUUCACUGUUCAUGAUGUCGGGACUCAGUCCUAUGGACGUCCACUCUCGACCGUUUUCGUGGACUCAUUGCGCUAUGCCUUGGAUGAGGAUAGUGAUCCGACGGUGACAUCUCUUCGCUUCCUCGACUACAGAUAUCUUCGUUUCUACUAUCAUCCAAUUGAGGAUAAAUUCAGCCUGAUAGGUAACUGGAAAGAUCCUGCAUGGACGAAUGUCAAAGUCAUGCGGGGAGGCUUGGAUGCCGACGAACGUGACAGCCGAGAGCAGGUCUUUGGACACAACGUCAUCGACAUUCAGCAAAAGAGUGUUCCACAGCUUCUCGUGGACGAGGCUUUUCAUCCGUUCUAUAUCUUCCAAGUUGCAAGUCUGAUUCUAUGGUCGAUGGACGAAUACUACUACUAUGCCGUCUGUAUCUUCCUUAUCUCCGUUUCUAGCAUUGCGGCUACGGUUCUGGAGACGCGGUCGACAAUGCAAAGACUUCGGGAAAUUUCUCACUUUGAAUGUGAUGUUCGGGUUCUUCGAAAUGGAUUUUGGCGUUCUGUUCCUUCUCAAGAUCUCGUCCCAGGUGAUGUGUUUGAGUUUUCCGACCCAUCAUUGAAUCAGGUUCCAUGCGACUGUAUCUUGUUGUCAGGCGACUGUAUUGUCAACGAAAGCAUGCUCACCGGUGAAUCCGUGCCCGUCUCCAAAAUGCCCUUGACAGAUGAUGCACUUAAAUGCCUUGACCUGAGCACCCCUUCUGUUCACCCUCAUGUGGCGAAGCAUUUCCUUUUUAGCGGAACCAAAGUCAUUCGAGCACGACGACCUCAGCACGUUGAUGACGACGAGGCAGUUGCUCUCGCAGUCGUUGCUCGGACGGGGUUCCUCACCACGAAGGGUGCUUUGGUACGUUCGAUGCUCUUCCCGAAGCCCUCUGGUUUCAAAUUCUACCGGGAUUCUUUCCGGUAUAUCACGGUCAUGGCAAUGGUUGCUUUUCUUGGUUUCAUUGCUUCGUUUGUCAAUUUUGUCCGGUUAGGUCUUGCCUGGCAUUUGAUCAUUGUGCGAGCACUCGAUUUGAUCACGAUUGUUGUCCCGCCAGCUCUGCCAGCAACCCUCACCAUUGGAACGAAUUUUGCGUUGUCACGUCUCAAAAAACAGAAUAUAUUUUGCAUCAGCCCCCAAAAGGUCAAUGUGGGAGGAAAACUAGACGUUGUCUGUUUUGACAAGACAGGAACUCUUACUGAAGAUGGGCUGGAUGUGCUUGGGGCGAGGACGGUUGUUUCCAAACAGAGAUUUUCGGAGUUGCUGUCGGAAACAUCAGCUGGAUUUCUUAUCCCGUCUAAGGACACUGACGCCGCAGACGAUCUUGAUAAACAGAGAAAGAUCGUAUACACCAUGGCCACCUGUCACUCCCUCCGAGUUGUGGAUGAUGAACUACUCGGCGAUCCUCUCGAUGUCAAGAUGUUUCAAUUUACAGGUUGGUCAUAUGAGGAAGGAGGCGGCCAUGUCUCGGAGCAAACAAACCCAAAAUACGACACGAUAGCACCGUCCGUGGCGAAGCCACCUUUCCCAGUGUAUCCUAACAGCCACCAGCCGAACAACUCCAAUGAUCCUCUAGAGCUUGGAGUUCUUCGAAAUUUCGAGUUUGUUUCCCAGUUGCGCCGUGCAAGCGUGGUUGUCAGGCAGUUCGGAGACAACGGUGUCAAUGUAUUUGUCAAGGGUGCCCCAGAAAGUAUUCGGGAUAUAUGUGUGCCCGAAAGCUUGCCGUCCGAUUACGACGACCUUCUCAACCACUACACUCACAAAGGCUUCCGUGUGAUUGCUUGUGCUACCAAAUACGAACGGAAACUCAGCUGGAGGAAGAUCCAGAAACUGACUCGGGCUGAGGCGGAAUGCAACCUCGAAUUCAUGGGCUUCAUAAUUUUCGAAAAUAAACUGAAACCCAGUACCUCCAGCGUGAUCUCUGAGCUGAACAAGGCGGAAAUUCGGAACAUCAUGUGCACAGGCGACAAUAUCCUGACGGCAAUCAGCGUUGCUCGUGAAUGCAACAUGGUGGGUCCAGAUGAACUCUGCUUCAUGCCGCAUUUCAUCGAUGGUCGGUUCUUCCAAAAUGCCUCGAAUCUCUCCGUUAUGCUAAUCGAAAGUGAAGAUGCUGGCCCCGAUUCCAAGACCUCCCUUUGUUGGGAAAAUGUUGACAAUCCAGACCUCAAAUUGGACGCAAGGACUCUCUUGCCCUUGGAUUCUUCUGUAGAGGACUUAUCUGUGCCGGGGAAUGCUUUCCAUGAGCGCAAAUAUUGCGUUGCGGUCACUGGAGACGUGUUCCGAUGGGUGGUUGAUUUCGGCAGUGAGGAUGUUCUGAAAAGGAUGCUUGUUUGCGGAAAAGUGUUCGCCAGGAUGUCGCCAGACGAAAAGCACGAGCUGGUGGAAAAGCUGCAGUCGAUUGAUUAUUGCUGUGGUUUCUGCGGUGAUGGCGCAAACGAUUGCGGUGCAUUAAAAGCAGCCGAUGUUGGCAUUUCGCUGUCGGACGCCGAGGCGUCUGUCGCUGCGCCCUUCACCAGCCGCCAAUUUGAAAUAUCCUGUGUCCCAACAUUGAUUCGGGAGGGCCGAGCUGCGUUGGUGACAAGCUUCUGCUGCUUUAAGUAUAUGAGUCUUUACUCGGCGAUUCAGUUCUCCACUGUCAGUUUUCUUUAUACCUCGGCGUCCAACCUUGGUGACUUUCAAUUCCUGUUCAUCGACCUCGCCCUCAUUCUUCCACUUGCCAUCUUCAUGGGCUGGACCGGUCCUUAUCCCACGCUCUCCCGGAAGCGCCCAACUGCAGACCUGGUUUCGCGGAAGGUGUUGACACCAUUGUUGGGACAGAUCGCAAUUGUCAUCUUGUCUCAACUUGCAAUCUUCAAAACCGUCCAAUACCAGCCCUGGUUCCAGCCUCCCCGGAUUGACCUGGAGAAAAGCAGCAUUGACAACUCGGAGAACACCUCCCUGUUUUUGUUCUCAUGCUACCAGUACAUCUUGGCUAGUAUUGUACUCAGUGUGGGGCCGCCAUUCCGGAAGCCAUUGCGAUUGAACGCUCCGCUUCUUUGCACCAUCAUUGUGGAUCUACUGAUUGCCAGCUAUAUGCUCUUCCGCCCAUCGCAUUGGGUGCUGGAAGUGAUGCAGCUGACAUUCAUGUCCGACGGCUUCAAAGGGUGGUUGCUUGCGCUUGCGCUUGGCGCCUUUUCCGUGGCUUGGAUGGCGGAAAGAAACGUCUUUCCAUAUUUGGCACGAUUCCUCGGAUACGCCAACACACGUCUACGGCCAAGCUAUCGCAAGAAGCGUCGUGAGUAUAAAGUUCUUCGCGAGGAGAUGGGUAUGUGA